AUGCCGGCGCUCAGCGCGUUGCCUUUCCUGAAGCCCGUUCACCUGAGGUCGCCCGGCAGGUCGCCGGGGGGCCAGCGCCGGCACACGCUGCCAGCCAGCGAGUUCCGCUGCCUCAGCCCCGAGGACGCCGUGAGCGUGUUCGAGAUCGAGCGGGAAGCCUUUAUAUCUGUCUCUGGGGACUGUCCCCUCCACCUGGAUGAGAUCCGCCACUUUCUGAACCUGUGCCCGGAGCUGUCUCUCGGCUGGUUUGAGGAAGGGCGGCUCGUGGCAUUCAUCAUUGGCUCCCUCUGGGAUCAGGAGAGGCUCAGCCAGGCAGCGCUGACCCUGCACAAGGCGCAGGGCACGGCCGUGCACAUCCACGUGCUGGCCGUGCACCGCACCUUCCGGCAGCAGGGCAAGGGCUCCAUCCUCAUGUGGCGGUACCUGCAGUACCUGCGGUGCCUGCCCUUCGCCCGCCGGGCCCUGCUCAUGUGCGAAGAUUUCCUCGUGCCCUUCUACCAGAAGUGCGGGUUCGAGGCGCUGGGUCCCUGCGAGGUGACGGUGGGGGAGCUGGCCUUCAUCGAGAUGCAGCAUUCGGUGCGGGGACACGCCUUCGUGCGCAGGAACAGCGGCUGCUGA